GGACAGAAUGUUCUCCCUCGCCCUGGCAGCAGUGUGGAGUUGAUCCUUAUCAGUGAUAGUCCAGGACUUGCUCUUCAACAGCAGGACCACAAGCCUUUCUUCCUAGUUUUUUGACCUUCUACCCCAACCAAAAUCGCCUACCCCUUCUGGCUGCCAGGGUUGAAGGCCCUUCUUGCCAACUCUCCUUCUAGGAUGAAGCCCUGACUCCACAGCCACUGUUUGGGCCAAGCCCUUAGGGAUCAGGGUAAAUGCCCGGAGGAGGAGGAAGAGGAUGCCUGGACAGAUGUCAAUUCUGGUGACACAAAAACAUCUGCAUGUGCUGUCAGGUGCCAGGACCCUGUGGAGCAUCAUGAACUGGGAAGAGUAGCUGAGCCCCAGAGCCUCUCUGGAAGAGAAAGGAAGAGCCAGCAGUUCUUUCUCCCAGUGCCCGACCUCAUCGUCCAGCGUCUUCCUCUGCCCCUGCUCUGCCCUCCCUGGCUCCUGGACUAGAGUCCAGCUUCCAGCAGGACGUUUCCCCAGGGGAUGGGUGACUGUUGAACGGGAUCUCACCGCCAGGGCUCAGUUGGCCACAUCAUGAACCUCCAGGCCCAGCCCAAGGCUCAGAACAAGCGGAAGCGUUGCCUCUUCGGGGGCCAGGAACCAGCUCCCAAGGAGCAGCCCCCUCCCCUGCAGCCCCCCCAGCAGUCCCUCAGAGUGAAGGAGGAGCAGUACGUAGGGCACGAGGGUCCAGGAGGGGCAGUCUCCACCUCUCAGCCUGUGGAACUGCCCCCUCCCAGCAGUCUGGCCCUGCUGAACUCUGUGGUGUAUGGGCCUGAGCGGACCUCAGCAGCCAUGUUGUCCCAGCAGGUAGCCUCAGUAAAGUGGCCCAACUCUGUGAUGGCUCCAGGGCGGGGCCCGGAGCGUGGAGGAGGUGGGGGUGUCAGUGACAGCAGCUGGCAGCAGCAGCCAGGCCAGCCUCCACCCCAUUCAACAUGGAACUGCCACAGUCUGUCCCUCUACAGUGCACCCAAGGGGAACCCGCAUCCUGGAGUGGGAGUCGCGACUUACUAUAACCACCCUGAGGCACUGAAGCGGGAGAAAGCGGGGGGCCCACAGCUGGACCGCUAUGGAAAUGUGCGGCCAGUGAUGCCACAGAAGGUGCAGCUGGAGGUAGGGCGGCCCCAGGCACCCCUGAAUUCUUUCCAUGCAGCCAAGAAACCCCCAAACCAGUCACUGCCCCUGCAACCCUUCCAGCUGGCAUUCGGCCACCAGGUGAACCGGCAGGUCUUCCGGCAGGGCCCACCGCCCCCAAACCCGGUGGCUGCCUUCCCUCCGCAGAAGCAGCAGCAGCAGCAACCGCAACAGCAGCAGCAGCAGCAGCAGCAGGCAGCCCUACCCCAGAUGCCGCUCUUUGAGAACUUCUACCCCAUGCAACAGCCACCCUCGCAGCAACCCCAGGACUUUGGCCUGCAGCCGGCUGGGCCACUGGGACAGUCACACCUGGCUCACCACAGCAUGGCACCCUACCCCUUCCCCCCCAACCCAGAUAUGAACCCAGAACUGCGCAAGGCCCUCCUGCAGGAGUCAGCCCCACAGCCGGCGCUACCUCAGGUCCAGAUCCCCUUCCCCCGCCGCUCCCGCCGCCUCUCUAAGGAGGGUAUCCUGCCUCCCACCACCCUGGAUGGGGCUGGCACCCAACCUGGGCAGGAGCUCACUGGCAACCUGUUCCUACAUCACUGGCCCCUGCAGCAGCCGCCACCUGGCUCCCUGAGGCAGCCCCAUCCUGAAGCUCUGGGAUUCCCGCUGGAGCUGAGGGAGUCACAGCUACUGCCUGAUGGAGAGAGACUAGCACCCAAUGGCCGGGAGCGAGAGGCUCUUGCCAUGGGCAGCGAGGAGGGCAUGAGGGCAGUGAGCACAGGGGACUGUGGGCAGGUGCUACGGGGCGGGGUAAUCCAGAGCACGCGACGGAGGCGCCGGGCAUCGCAGGAGGCCAAUUUGCUGACCCUGGCCCAGAAGGCGGUGGAGCUGGCCUCGCUGCAGAAUGCAAAGGAUGGCAGUGGCUCUGAAGAGAAGCGGAAAAGCGUAUUGGCCUCAACUGCCAAGGGUGGGGUGGAGUUUUCUGAGCCUUCCUUAGCCACCAAGCGAGCACGAGAAGACAGUGGGAUGGUACCCCUCAUCAUCCCAGUGUCUGUGCCUGUGCGGACUGUGGACCCAACUGAGGCAGCCCAGACUGGAGGUGUUGAUGAGGACGGGAAGGGUCCUGAACAGAACCCUGCUGAGCACAAGCCAUCAGUCAUCGUCACCCGCAGGCGGUCCACCCGAAUCCCUGGGACAGAUGCUCCAGCUCAGGCGGAAGACAUAAAUGUCAAGUUGGAGGGGGAGCCUUCUGUGCGGAAACCAAAGCAGCGGCCCAGGCCCGAGCCCCUCAUCAUCCCCACCAAGGCGGGCACUUUCAUCGCCCCUCCCGUCUACUCCAACAUCACCCCAUACCAGAGCCACCUGCGCUCUCCUGUGCGCCUAGCUGACCACCCCUCUGAGCGGAGCUUUGAGCUGCCUCCCUACACGCCGCCCCCCAUCCUCAGCCCUGUGCGGGAAGGCUCUGGCCUCUACUUCAAUGCCAUCAUAUCAACCAACACCAUCCCCGCCCCUCCUCCCAUCACACCUAAGAGUGCCCAUCGCACGCUGCUCCGGACUAACAGUGCUGAAGUCACCCCGCCUGUCCUGUCUGUGAUGGGGGAGGCUACCCCAGUGAGCAUCGAGCCACGGAUCAACGUGGGCUCCCGGUUCCAGGCGGAAAUCCCCUUGAUCAGGGACCGUGCCCUGGCAGCUGCAGAUCCCCACAAGGCCGACUUGGUGUGGCAGCCAUGGGAGAACCUAGAGAGCAGCCGGGAGAAGCAGAGGCAAGUGGAAGACCUGCUGACAGCUGCCUGCUCCAGCAUUUUCCCUGGUGCUGGCACCAACCAGGAGUUAGCCCUGCACUGUUUGCACGAGUCCAGAGGAGACAUCCUGGAAACGCUGAAUAAGCUGCUACUGAAGAAGCCGCUGCGGCCCCACAACCAUCCGCUGGCAACUUAUCACUACACAGGCUCUGACCAGUGGAAGAUGGCCGAGAGGAAGCUGUUCAACAAAGGCAUUGCCAUCUACAAGAAGGAUUUCUUCCUGGUGCAGAAGCUGAUCCAGACCAAGACCGUGGCCCAGUGCGUGGAGUUCUACUACACCUACAAGAAGCAGGUGAAAAUCGGCCGCAAUGGGACUCUAACCUUUGGGGAUGUGGAUGCCAGCGAUGAGAAGUCGGCCCAGGAAGAGGUUGAAGUGGAUAUUAAGACUUCCCAAAAGUUCCCAAGGGUGCCUCUUCCCAGAAGAGAGUCCCCAAGUGGAGAGAGGCUGGAGCCCAAGAGGGAGGUGAAGGAGCCCAGGAAGGAGGGGGAGGAGGAGGUGCCAGAGAUCCAGGAGAAGGAGGAGCAGGAAGAGGGGCGAGAGCGCAGCAGGCGGGCAGCGGCAGUCAAAGCCACGCAGACACUACAGGCCAAUGAGUCGGCCAAUGACAUCCUCAUCCUCCGGAGCCACGAGUCCAACGCCCCUGGGUCUGCUGGUUGUCAGGCCUCAGAGAAGCCAAGGGAAGGGACAGGGAAGUCACGAAGGGCACUACCUUUUUCAGAGAAGAAGAAAAAAACAGAGACAUUCAGUAAGACCCAGAAUCAGGAGAACACUUUCCCCUGUAAAAAAUGUGGCAGGUAAGGUGGCCAGCCCUGUCCCCGCUAGGAGCCAGGGGGCUGGUGCGCAACGGGGGCGGGGCCCGGGGGGAGGGGGAAGAGGUACAGGCGGCGUCCGCCUCGUUUCUGAUUGGCUCAGCGAGUUUCUAGGGCUGUGACGUCAUGGGGCAGCUUUCGGAAAAUGAUACGAGCUGGCCAGCCCCGGCUGUGCCUCGUCGGGGGGGUGAAGGUGAAGGCUGGGGUUGCUCGCGCACCCGCGCUGGGAGCCCCGGGGUGGGCCAGGGCUGUCCUGAUCAACCCCUGUCCGGCCGCAGGGUGUUUUACAAGGUGAAGAGCCGCAGUGCGCACAUGAAGAGCCACGCAGAGCAGGAGAAGAAGGCUGCAGCGCUGAGGCUAAAGGAGAAGGAGGCCGCCGCUGCCGCCGCCGCCCACCAGCAGGCUCUGCGGGAGGAGAGCGGCGCGGGCGCGGGCGACAAGGGCUGAGCGCGGGAGCCAGGCUGGCCCAGUCCUGGACCCUGGCCCUUCCCGCACCUCCGCCAGCGCCCGCAGACACCCUGGCAUCUCAAGAGGGAGUGAGGAGAGGAUCGCAGGGAUUUUUCCCUGCGAAACAAAUGAGACAAUGAAAUAAACGGCUCUUUUACUUAUGAAGGCCCCGGGAGCAGCGUUAAGGGCUCCAGGAUCCAGUUCUCUUUGCAUUUGGUCUGUCGGAAGUUGUCCUCGUGCUUUCCUGAACCGGGAGAGUCCCGUUCCCCUCAGGAGGGGCUCCACUGCCUCUCACACUCCGACUUCUGCUGCUCUGCUGCCCCGCAAUCUCUUCCCUCCUCUUUGCCUCCCCCUCCUCCCCUCGGCCUCCAGGAAGCCACCGUGGCCGGCCAAGCACAAGCUCACCCACUUUGGAGCAGCAUUCCUCCUCCCCAGAGGACCUCGAAGGCUGCAACGGCCCUGCCCCAAGCCCCAGAAAAAGGGACUCUUGGAGGGAGUCUGCUGGCUUCUCUGAGAAGGGGCGCAGCCUGAUACCUGUGCUGUCCCUGCAGUCUCCAGUCCUGCCUGAGCUGCUCCCGUGACCGUGCCCUGAGUGGCCACCUCCUCUUUGGGAGGGAGGCCGCGACAGGUACUCUCCCUUUGCUGCUUGCUGGCGGCGCUGCUGGGCCUACAAAGUUUUCUCGGCGUUGGGGAAGGGGCUAACGUUCUUGUCCAAAGCACUCAUCUUGCUGCAGGGAAGGGAGCUGUGCAGAGGCUGGAAGCUGCAGAGUUAGGCCGGAGAGAGCUUUUGACAAGCUUGGCUCUUUUUGCUUCCCACCUUUUUUGCCAAAUACCUUUGGGUCCUGGAGGCUGCCAAGGGCGCUCCGCCUUGAGCAGGUCCCAGAGAGGCUCAGCCUGCCCCUCCUGGGAGCCAGCGUCCUUGCCUCUGCCCUGACCUCAGCAGCUACACCUAACCCCACCGCACCCCACCCAGUGUCGAUAUCCACAACCUAGCCCCCAGGCCUGCACACUGGAGAUUUCUGGAUCCUUCCCUAGGAGGGAGAGGUCUCCAACUCGAUUGGACAGGAGCCUUCAUUCCUUGACUCGUGUCAUUUGGGAGCUAUUUAUUUAUUCUUAGUAUUUAAUUUUUAACAUCCUCUCAGGGACCAGGGGCCUCCUGCUUUUCAGAGGCCCAAGUGCAUUUAUCCCAAAACGAGGCAUCUUGACAUCCCCCAUCCCCCCCGAAUUCCCAAGGCCCUAAGGUCCCUCACCUGGUUGCUCUGGAAGCUCUCGCCGGUAGGAAUGAUAGCAACACUGGGAGAGAGUGGGAAGGUGGAGGGUGUCACCAAAGCCACACAGAGCAAGGGAGAUCAAAGGCAGUUCUUGCUGCCCCUUCUCUGGCUGUGCUUUGCCUGAGGGAAUUGGCAACAGGCCAGGAUUCUAAUUUGGUUUAUGGGGCCUGGAUUGUGGUUUGAAGAAGCCAUAUUUGGCAUGGGUGAAGUGAAAGGGCCAGGAGGUUCUGGAGGCCCCUUCACGUCCAGUCCCAUAGCGGGGCUAGAGCGGGGCUCAGCUGUUUUUCUGAUCUUACUCAACUGAGUUGUGCAAAAGAAAUUCUAAGUGAAUGCGCGUUUGACAGGUCAAUGUAUUAGGAAGGAGCCAGAAAGUAUUCAUACUGCUACUCCUUACGAGAUAGCCAAGAAGCGUCAGGUCAGUAACUGGGAGUGGAGAGGGAGUUUUGUUUUGAAACUGUGCACUGUCAGGUAUUUUUCAGCAUCCAUUUAUACAUUAGUGUGGUUCUACAGGACCCCGGCUGUGGAAGUAACAAAUUUCUUCUCCCUCCAGACUCUUGGAUGACUACCUAGAUCCCCAACUUCCCAGUUAGUUUCCUCCACAGGUUUCCAUGAGCUCAGUAUCCCAAGACAGCAAAAAUCUGGUAUACCCUGUAGAAGCAGGGGGGUAGCAAAUUUAGGCUCUCUUCGAAAUUACUUGUAUAAUACGAGUGCCUUCGCAGCUUAGCCCCAAAGUGCUACUUACGUUUCCCAAGGUUUUUUGUAUUCAAACCAUAUUUGGUUUCAGUCUCCUUUAUGGACAUAGGGUAACAGAAACCUCCAUCAUUCAGGAGACCCUUUUGUUCAGUGGUAACAUCUUGUACUUGGAAAAAAAAUUUUUUUUUUUUGCGACAGUCUCAUUCUGUCGCCCAGGCUGGAGUGCAGUGGUGCGAUCUCGGCUCACUGCAACCUCCGCCUCUCGGGUUAAAGGAUUCUCCUGCCUCAGCCUCCUGAGUAGCUGGGAUUACAGGCACACACCACCACACCCAGCUAAUAUUUUUGUAUUUUUUUUUUAGUAGAGAUGGGGUUUUGCCAUGUUGGCCAGGCUGGUCUUGAACUCCUGACCUUAGGUGAUCCACUCACCUCGGCCUCCCAAAGUGCUGGCAUUACAGGCAUGAACCACCGCGCCCGGCCGUAAAUGUUUAAACAAGAAAGGGAUUCUACUCUUCUAAGCUUACAGAGACCAGACCCGGUGAAUGUAACUGGGGAAAAUCAAGAUGGUACCUCUCUGCAUUAAUCCCGCCAGACACCGUAUUUUAGGAAGGUCCAUGCUCCAGGAUGCAUUCAUGUCUUGGAUACAGUGUGAAAAUUUAAAAGUUUAGAGGGUAGAUGCAAUUGUGGUAAGUGACCUGCCAAUAAAGUAAGUGCAGCUAUAGAAGCUGGCAUAGGUAUAUCCUUAAUGGUGCUUUCUCCCUGGGCUUGUCUUUUGUUGUUUUUUUCCCUGUAUUCAGAGCUCUGAGAAGUGAUAAACACCUCCAGCUUUCUUAACAUCCUCCCCACACCAUCUCACCAUAUCCAUCUCCCAGCAUCCAUCUGCAUUCAGCUAAGGGCGGGAAACUGACCUAGUGCCUGUGCUGUAGACCAUUUCUGAGGUCUCCACCCAUCCAAGGAGGCAGAGCCAUCAUUACUGUCCUCCAUGCCUUCAGCAGCCCCCCUCACAGCUAAGGUACAUACCACCCCUUCUGCCGCACCCCCUUCCACUCCUGGCACCAAGGUCUUUUGCUGCUUAUGUCUAAAGGGAUCGCCUAUAUUUAACUGCCUCAGUGACCUAACCUCUUUCUUCUCAUGUGCCAGAUGUUAAGAUGAAGGAGGAAUACAACACAUACUCAAGCCUCAGCUGUUUAGUUGUUUUCACUGGGGCUCGCUUUUCUGGGACGGUAUUUAUUAUCAGACUGGCAAGCCUAACUCCAUAGGUUUACAGGAAGUAGGGAUAUUUUUAUAAAACAAUUGUGUCCUCCCCACAUUUUGCUAUGUUAAUAUUUGCCUCUAACAAUUUGCAGCUGUUUCACUUUUUCUUCAUUUGUCUCUAAGUUGAAGGCCUUGUUGGAGGGGACAGAGCACAGGAACAGCCUUGACAGUCUGUAAUUAUUGUACAAAUAUUUUAAUGGCAUAUAAAUAAGUAUAUUCCUUUUAUUUUGAAACAAAAAUGAUCAGACACUGCCUUUUGUGUGUUUGCUGCCUGUGGCACCCUUUUUUAAAAAGACUGUUACAUAUUAAAAUAGUGUACAUAUAUAUAAAUAUUACCUCUUUUGCUGUACAGUUGUGAUAGAGACUGAAGAUUUUAUUUUUUGUGUGCUUUUUAUAAGAAAAAAUUAAUACACUAAAGAAUCUUGCUGAUGUGAUUGUAAUGUACCUAUGUAACUUAUUUACUUUUGAAUGUUCUUCUGUAUCUUUAAACCUUUUAUUAAAUAAGGUUUUAAAAAUUCA